AUGGCACGCCCCCCGAGCCCUGGGCCGGUACCACCCGUGGUGGUCCUGUUCCUACUACUGCCGGCGCUGCUGCUGCGAGUCGGAGACUCCCUCACCACUGAAGGUCGGUUUAUGAACAACUGUAUUCAAGCCAGGAGGAAAUGCCAGGCCAACCCCACAUGCAGUGCUGCCUAUCACCACCUGGAUUCCUGCAUCUAUAGUGUAAGCACCCCAUCACCCUCAAAGGAGCCUGCGGAAUGCCUUGAGGCAGCACAGCAGCUUAGGAACAGCUCUCUGAUGGGCUGUUCAUGCAACCGGCGCAUGAAGAACCAAGCUAUCUGCCUGAGCAUCUAUUGGACUGUUCACAAUGUCCGCAGUCUUGACUCAGACCUCUGCUUGAAGUUCACCAUGCUGUGCACUGUGAAUGCCAAGUGUGACCGACUGCGCAAGGCCUACGGGGAGGCAUGCUCAGGACCCCACUGUCAGCAUCAUGUCUGUCGUGAGCAGCUAAGGGCCUUCUUCGAGAAGGCGCCUGAGCCUCUUGCACAGGGCCUGCUGCUGUGCCCAUGUGCACCUGGAGACCGAGGCUGCGGGGAGCGCAGGCGCAACACCAUCGCCCCCAGCUGUGCACUGCCUUCUGAGGUACCCAACUGCUUGGAGCUCCGUCGCACCUGCCUCUCUGAGCCGCUCUGCAGAUCACGUUUGGCAGAUUUUCAGACUCAUUGCCAUCCCUUGGAUAUCCUAAGGACCUGUGAGACAGAGCAGUCCAGAUGUCUGCGAGCAUACAUGGGAAUGAUUGGGACUGCCAUGACUCCCAACUUUGUCAGUGACAUCAACACCAGUGUCACCUUAAGUUGUACCUGCCGUGGCAGUGGCAACCUCCAGGAGGAAUGUGAGCGGCUGGAAGGGUCCUUCUCCCAUAACUCCUGCCUCAAGGAGGCCAUUGCAGCAAAGAUGCAUUUUCACAGCCAACUCUUAUCCAAUGAUGGGACAGGCCUUACCUACUCUGUGAUGAAGCACCAGAAUAAAAAUCCUGCUCAGAGACCACAGCCUUGGGUGCCCUCUCUUUUCUCCUGUACACUGUUGCUGACUCUGCUCCUGAGAUCCUGGUAG